AUGGCGGCUGAGCACAAAACUAAUUUGUCCAAGAACUUGCUGUGCAUGAAGUUCAUGCAAAGGGGACUGGACUCGGAAACCAAGAAACAACUAGAAGAGGAAGAAAAGAAAAUCAUUAGUGAAGAGCACUGGUACUUGGAUUUGCCUGAGCUGAAAGAGAAAGAGAGUUUCAUUAUAGAAGAGCAGAGUUUCUUGUUGUGUGAAGAACUUCUCUAUGAAAGAAUGUCAUUCAGAGGAUUUAAUCCUAAGGUUGAGAAAUUAAUGCUUCAGAUGAAUGCUAAGAACAAAGCAGAAGAGGCUGAAGAGCAAAAAGUGGAGCUCGAUGUGUCAGAUGAAGAAAUGGCUAGAAGAUAUGAGACCUUGGUGGAGAUAAUUGGGAAAAAGUUUGCCAAGAAAAGAGGCUGUGCCAUUUACGAAGAAGAUGAAAAUGGAGACAUAAAACCAAUUAAAGUAAAGAAGAUGUUCUAA